AUGCCCUACGAGACGCUCUCCUCCGCCUCGCAGUACGAGGCGCUGCUCGACGCCCACGACACGUGGCUGUUCGACUGCGACGGCGUGCUGUGGUCGGGCGACGAGGCCAUCGCCGGCGCCGUCGAGGCCGUGGCGCUGCUGCGCAAGCGCGGCAAGCAGGUCAUCUUUGUGACGAACAACGCCAGCAAGAGCCGCCAGGCGCUGCUGGGCAAGUUCAGGAAGAUGGGCAUUGAGGCGGAGACGAAAGACGUCUUCUCCUCGGCCUACGCCUCGGCCGUGUACCUCAAGCACGUGCUCAAGCUGCCGGAGGACCGCAGCGUGUACGUCGUGGGCAUGGAGGGCAUCCAGGAGGAGCUUGAUGCCGUGGGUGUGCGGUGGUGCGGCGGCACUUCGAAGGAGGACAACGUCUUCCUGCCGCCGCUCGACUUCUCCUCGCUGCUCAGCCCCGAGGCCAUCGAUCCCAAGGUCGGCGCCGUGCUGUGUGGCUUUGACAUGCAUCUCUCCUACAUCAAGCUCGCCAAGGCCUUCAAGCACAUCACACGCGAGGGCGCAGAGGGCGAGCCCAAGGCGGGCGAGGAGGGCGGCGGCUGCUACUUCAUUCUCACCAACGACGACUCGACGUUCCCGGCAAAGGGCGGGCCGUGGCCUGGUGCCGGAUCGCUCUCCUCGCCGCUCGUGUUCGCCUCGAAGCGCAAGCCGCUCAUCGUCGGCAAGCCGCACCAGCCCAUGCUCGACUGCAUCGAGGCCGUGCAGCCGUUCGACAAGUCGCGUGCACUCUUCGUCGGCGACCGUCUCGACACGGACAUUGCCUUCGCGCAGCACGGCGGCAUCAAGACACUCAUGGUGCUCACCGGCAUCUCGACCAAGGCCGAGAUCGACGCCGAGGGCGCCGAGAUUGUGCCCGACUUCCUGAUGCAGAGCAUCGGCGACCUGGCGCAGCUCUAG